AUGGAGAGGGCACAGGAGACCGGCAACAUGGGGGACCGGACAGGAACCAAGACCCGGUCUGGGUCUGAUGAACUCAUCUUCUUUGUUAAUGGGAAGAAGAUUGUUGAGAAGAACGCAGACCCUGAGAUGACCCUGCUGACAUAUCUGCGGCGAAAAUUGGGUCUAACAGGAACCAAGCUGGGCUGUGCUGAGGGUGGCUGUGGAGCCUGUACUGUAAUGCUGUCCAGAUACCAAACACACACUAAGCAGCUGCUUCAUUACGCCAUCAACGCCUGCCUGGCCCCUCUCUGCUCCCUGCACCUGGUGGCCGUGACGACUGUGGAGGGAAUCGGCAGUGUGGCGAGGAAGUUGCACCCUGUCCAGGAACGAAUUGCAAAGGCUCAUGGCUCUCAGUGUGGUUUCUGCACGCCAGGUAUCGUCAUGUCCAUGUAUGCCCUGCUGAGGAACAAUCCCACACCUAAGAUGGCUGAUAUGGAGGAGGCUUUCCAAGGAAAUCUGUGUCGCUGCACUGGAUACAGACCAAUACUGGAAGGAUACAAGACUUUCACUGUGGAGGGGGGAUGCUGUGGAGGGAGGGGGCAGAAAAAUGGCUGCUGUAUGAGUAAUGUGAAUGGAGCACAGAAUGGUUCAGAGGAGCAAAUCAAUGAAGCUACGUCUCUUUUUAACCCUGCAGAAUUUGCACCCUUUGACCCUACGCAGGAAGUCAUCUUUCCUCCUGAACUCAUGACUCUCUCUAAAGAUCAGAAGCCACAUUUGCUGUGUUUCCAUGGUGAGCGAAUGACAUGGCUGCAGCCUGACAGUCUGGAUGAGUUUCUGAAUCUGAAAUGGAAACAUCCAGAUGCCCGUGUGGUGGUGGGAAACACUGAAGUUGGUGUUGAAGUUAAGUUUAAGAACAUGGUUUACCCAGUCAUCCUAGCACCAACCUUCAUUCCUGAACUGAGCGCAGUGACUCACACUGAAGAUGGGAUUGUGCUUGGUGCAGCAUGCACUCUCAGCCACAUGGCGGUGGUGCUGAGGCAGGCAGUGGAAAGUCUUCCUCCUCAUAAGACUGAAGUGUUCCUCGCUGUCCUGGAGCAGCUGCGCUGGUUUGCUGGAGUGCAGAUUCGUAAUGUAGCGGCUGUCGGUGGAAACAUCAUGACAGCCAGCCCCAUAUCGGACCUGAACCCGGUCUUUAUGGCAGCCGGCUGCAAACUCACUCUGGUGGACAAAGACGGAAGUCGUGAGGUUCAGAUGGAUGGGUUCUUCACAGGUUACAGGAGGACAGCUCUGCGACCUCAGGAGAUCCUACUCUCAAUUCAUAUCCCAUACAGCAAAAAGACUCAGUUUGUGUCUGCCUACAAACAAUCCCCUCGCCGUGAGGAUGACAUCAGUAUCGUCACAGCAGCGAUGAGCGUCACCUUCACCCCUGGGACCGAUGUUGUUGAGGACCUGAGGCUGAGUUUUGGUGGCAUGGCACCGACCACAGUACUGGCUAAGAAGACGGCAAACAACCUGAUUGGAAGGCCGUGGGGAGAGGAGCUUCUAGAGGAGGCUUGCAACUCAAUGGCUGAGGAGAUGAGCCUGGAUCCGUCUGUGCCGGGUGGCAUGGUGACAUACCGAAGAACUUUAACUCUGAGCCUCUUCUACAAGUUCUACCUGACAGUGCUGCAGAAGCUCCGACUGCAGGGGCUAAAGGUGGCCGAGGUCACCUCGGAUUGUCUGAGUGCAACUGAAGUGUACCAUCCAGAGACACCAUCCAGCGUUCAGAUCUACCAGGCCGUGGCAAAGGGGCAGAGCCAGGAUGAUGUGGUGGGCCGUCCCAUAAUGCACCUGUCGGCCAUGAAGCAGGCGACAGGUGAGGCGGUUUACUGCGAUGACGUGCCGCUGUACGAGAACGAGCUCUACCUGUCACUCAUCACCAGCAGCAAGGCCCACGCUCGAAUAUUGUCUAUAGACACGUCAGGUGCUGAGCGUUGCCCUGGUGUCGUCUGCUUCCUGUUUGCUGAUGACAUCCCUGGCAGUAACACCGCCGGAUCUAUCAAAUUUGAUGAGACUGUCCUUGCUGACGGCGAGGUGACUUGUGUGGGUCAUAUCAUUGGUGCUGUGGUGGCCAACACUCAGCUUCAAGCUCAGAGAGCCGCCAAAGCUGUGAGGAUCGAGUAUAAAGAGCGGCAGCCUGUCAUAACCAUACAGGAGGCCAUUGCUACCCAGUCCUUCUAUCAGCCAAUCAGAACCAUACAAAAUGGGGAUUUGGAGUUGGGGUUUAAACAGGCUGACCACAUCCUGGAGGGUGAGAUGCACAUCGGUGGUCAGGAGCAUUUCUACUUGGAGACAAAUGUUACUCUGGCUGUUCCCCGAGGAGAAGAUGGAGAGAUGGAGCUCUUUGUUUCCACCCAGGCACCCACCCAUACACAGUCUCUGGUGGCAAUGGCAUUAGGUGUCCCUGCAAACAGGGUGGUGGUCCGCGUGAAGAGGAUGGGCGGAGGUUUUGGAGGAAAAGAAUCGCGGACCACUUUGCUAUCCACUGUGGUUGCUGUGGCAGCAAAUAAACUGAAGAGGCCUGUCAGGUGUAUGUUGGACAGAGACGAGGACAUGCUAAUUACUGGAGGAAGACAUCCCUUCUAUGGUAAAUAUAAGGUUGGGUUUCUAAACAGUGGGAGAGUCGUUGCCCUGGAUGUGACGUACUAUGGUAAUGCUGGAAACUCCAUGGAUCUCUCUCAGGCAAUUGUGGAGCGAGCUCUGUUUCACAUGGAGAACUCAUAUAGAGUGCCAAAUAUACGUGGCCGAGGUUUCCUGUGCCGCACCAACCUGCCGUCCAACACCGCUUUCAGAGGCUUUGGAGGGCCGCAGGGUAUGAUGGUGGCAGAGAGCUGGAUGACCGAUGUGGCUCAGAGUCUGGGGAAGUUGCCUGAGGAGGUUCGGCGGUUGAACUUGUAUAUGAAAGGUGAUUCAACUCCAUUUAAUCAAGUCCUGGACCAGAUCACCUUAGACCGCUGCUGGGAUGAAUGCAUGUCACGCUCUGGAUACCAGCAACGUCGAAUUGCCAUUGACCUCUACAACAGACAGAACCGAUGGACCAAACGGGGAAUUGCUGUUGUUCCUACCAAAUUUGGCAUCAGCUUCACUGCACUUUUCCUAAACCAGGCUGGAGCUCUGGUUCAUAUCUACACAGAUGGCUCAGUGUUGUUGACUCAUGGAGGGACUGAAAUGGGACAAGGACUUCACACCAAGAUGGUUCAGGUUGCCAGCAGAGUUCUGGGUAUCCCCUCCUCAAAGAUCCACAUAUCAGAGACCAGCACCAACACAGUUCCCAACACCAGUGCAACCGCUGCCUCUGCAUCCUCAGACCUCAAUGGUGCUGCCUUGAAGAAUGCCUGCGAGAUCCUGCUGAAACGUCUUGAGCCAUUCAAGGCCAAGAAUCCCAAUGGAACGUGGGAGGACUGGGUGAAAGCAGCUUACUUUGACAGAGUCAGCCUCAGUGCAAAUGGUUUUUAUAAGACUCCAGAUAUUGGUUAUGACUUUGAAACAAACUCAGGCAGAGCCUUCAGCUAUUUCUCCUACGGAGUGGCCUGUUCAGAGGUGGAGAUAGACUGUUUGACCGGAUCACAUAAGAACUUGAGUACCACCAUAGUGAUGGAUGUUGGCAACAGCCUCAACCCAGCUAUAGAUAUCGGACAGGUUGAGGGAGCAUUCAUGCAGGGUCUGGGUCUCUUCACCCUGGAAGAGCUUCAUUAUUCACCCCAGGGAGUCCUCCUCACUCGGGGUCCUGGUUCUUAUAAAAUCCCGGCCUUCGGUGACAUUCCUACCCAGCUUACGGUCUCGUUGCUUCGUGAUGCUCCUAAUGACAAGGCCAUCUUUGCCUCCAAGGCGGUAGGUGAGCCUCCUCUCUUCUUGGCAUCUUCAGUUUUCUAUGCCAUCAAAGAUGCCAUCAGUGCUGCACGGGCAGAGUCAGGGAUUACCGGGCCAUUUAGAUUGGACAGCCCUGCUUCUGCCGAGAGGAUCCGCAAUGCCUGCAGUGACCGCUUCACUAAACUGUGUCCUCCUGCUGAAGUGGGAACCUUUAUCCCCUGGUCUGUUCAGGUGUAG